AUGACAACGGGAGGCUGCAUCUGUGUGUGUCUCUGUUGUGCUGUGUCGGUGUUGCGUAAGGGAAACUUCGGGAGGAGCAACACAGCCUAACUGGCCCCCUAAAACACCUCAGAAGAAGAAGAACAAACAGCAUAGGCCUAAAUUACACGGCCUAUACAUCCCGCCCUUGAAGACGAAAACGAGGAGGAGGAGGAGGAGGAGAGAGAUAAAAGGGUGUUGUGUGCGUGACCCCAAAGCACUGAAGGAAAAGGAGACGAGGAGAAGGAGGAGGCCAUCACUGGGGUCUUGAGGAGGAGGAGAGAGAUAAAGGGGCGUUGUGUGUGUGACCCCAAAGCACUGAAGAAGAAGAAGAGGAGGAGGAGGAGGGGCCAUCACUGUGGUCUUUAGGGGGAAGGGUCCUGAGCGAGGGCCAUGGAGGAGCCCUUGGGGUACAGCAACUCCCAGACGUGGCAGGCGUGGUUCGAGUCCUACCAGGUGCUGUGGAACAACACAUCGCUGAUCUUCGUGGCCUCAGUGGGCGUGUCGCUGGCGGUGGUGGUGGUCAGCUGGGUCAUGGGGCGCGCCGGCUCCAUACGGCACUCCCCCCGCACACAGGGGGGUAAAGAUAAUUCACCGAAGGAAGGCACAGAGGAAGAGGACUCAGAGAAAAAUGAGGACAAGUUUGACCAGGAAAAAAAGGACGUGGACAGGGUGAUCAAGUACGCUCAGCACCUGCCGGGGGAGCUGAAGAAGGCCCACCAGCGCUCCCUGGAGAAGACCAUCGAGACGGACAUGAGCGAGGACCAGAGACGAGCCGAGAGGGAAGCCCAGUCACAGCAGCUGGCAGCCAUCUUCAAGCUCAUGCAGGAACAGGAGGAGAAAUUCGGGGAAACAACAAUGGACGAAAUCAAGGACCAAAUGAAGCUGUACUGUGGCUAGCCCAACCUCGUCCUGCCCUCUAGCCAAGCCGUAACCCAGCCCAAACUAGCCCACUCCUGUUCUCUCUAGCCAAGCCCAGUUCUGUCCUCUCUCUCCCAGCCCAAUCUAGCCCAGUUCUGACCUCUCUCCCGCCCAUCCUAGCCCAGUCCUGUCCUCUCUCUCCCAGCCCAGCCCAACCUAGCCCAGUUCUGUUCUCUCUCUCCCAGCCCAGCCCAAUCUAGCCCAGUCCUGUCCUCCCUCUCCCAGCCCAGCCCAACCUAGCCCAGUCCUGUUCUCUCUCCCAGCCCAGUCCUGUCCUCUCUCCCAGCCCAGCCCAACCUAAUCCAGUCCUGUCCUUUCUAGCCUAGCCCAGCCAAGCCCAACCCAACCUAGCUCAGCCCAAGCCAGUCCAGUCUAUUCAUCCCAUCCCAUACCAGCCCAUUUUAACCCACACCACUUCAGCCCAAAUUAGCCCAGCAUUCAGCCCUUCUCUGUGCCAUAACCACUACCAAAGAGAUGUAACAAUACCCAUUUAACUCACUCUCAGUCACCCAACAGUUAAAUAUUCUAAUGGCUUUCAGGACUAACCAUACUGCUCAACAAUUCACGAAGGUAUUAUGACAACCAGAGUGACUCAAGUACAUCAAGUGUCUGGUACAUGAACUGGGUUGAUGUAAUGUGUGAGUGUGUGCAACAGUUUGUAGGAAUAUCAGUGAUUCUUGUCCACCAAACUCACUGUCAUAAAGCUGUACAUUGGAAACUUAGGAGUGAAAAUUUGUCUGUUGGGUUAUGACGUUUGGUAAGGCUGGUGAUGAAAUAAUGUGUGAGUGUGUGUAAGAGUUUGUAGGAAUAGCAGUGAUUCUUGUACACCAAACUCACUGUCAUAAAGCUGUACAUUGUAGGGUUAUCAGGCUUGCUAAUGGUCAACACAUAUCAUUGCUUGUAGGUAAGUGCAUUAUUGGCUGUGGGUGGGUGGGUGUCCAGCCCCCACAGCCACCUUUUCUAGUCCUACAACUUAUCUUCCGGGAACAGUGAUUGUCUUUCUCCCAACAUGUAUUAUUUCUGUGCAAAUAGUAAUUAUUGCUUAAUUGAUGCAUCAGAAUACAUAUCUGGAACACAAGUAUGAUGAAUGAAAGGAACUGAGGUUAAAUGUGUCAUACUAAUCUGUAAUGCUGAAGUAGCUCUUGUGUAGAAUAUCGGUGUGCCAAGCCUGAAGGGUCCUAAGCCUAGAUGACGCUAGUGCUGGCCAGCCUGUAGCACAGUUUGAUAUAGAGAACCACACUGUAGUAUGAGAAACUUUUAAGAAACUACAAAGUGACAAUAUUCGAGGGGAACAAAAAAUGUUUACUAAUCAGUGAUAAGUUCUUUCCAUAUGCAAUGAUUAGUGGGACCAAUUUAGAAGUAAUUUUUGAAAUAUUGCCACUUAAAACAAACAAAAAGCAUGUCACGGAUAAUUGAGGAGCACUGAUGUGAAGGUCAAAUGAACACAGAGAAUGGUGGAAGAAUGGCUCUUGUGAUAUAUAUAUAAAUAGCAGUAAGUAGUCGGUAAUAAUGGUGAAGCUGAGGCAAAACUAAAUGGUUUGGUAUAAGUAAAUGCUUGCCAGAACAAGUCACUGGGUCAGUAGACUUGGCAGAAGUGGCCUGCAGGGAACACAAGUAGUGGCCCUGCAGUGUCCAGGUGAGCCAAGGGGACCACCUGUAUCUAGGUGGAUACAUAGUACAGCUUCUUACCUGUGUAGUCCUCACCAGAGGCAAAGUACUUUGGCCCUCAGGUUGUGGUGCCAAACUAGUCGUGUGAAGCACUAGAAAUUUCCUUGCCUUGUGGUUUUCCUUCUUGAGAGCAAAGCAAUGACAUGUUCUUACUUUGAGAUGCUGCAGCACAGGGUAGGGAUAAACAACAUUGUUCUUCGUCCCAGCAGUCCAUAGUACUUCAGAUUGAAACCAUACAGUUUCUUUAGAAUACUUGUAUAAGUACUUAGCUUCAAAUGUACUGAUCAGCUCUAGGCAUUGAACUGAGCAACCCAUUUCUGUGGCUAAUACACUUUCAGGUUGUUGAAUCUUACUAUCUGGUGCUCCCUACCUCAUCAUUGUGAGAUAUUUGAUGAAAAUGGUAUCAAACAAUUAGCAAAAUAAAGUGUUUCAUUAGU